ACCGCAGUCGGCGAACCCUAGCCGCCAGCGCCAACUCGCCGCGCCGCACUCCAUUCCAACCGCCGCCCCGCGCCGCACCGCACUCCAUCCCAACCGCCGCGCAGCAUCCAUCCCAACCGCCGCCCUCUCGCGAAGAUGGCCCAACCCGCGGGUUAUACACUGCCACCUCCUGUUCCCAUAGUUCAUCCUCCAACGAUGGAGCAACUUAUGCAUCGAGCUAAACUCGCUCCGGACAAGGAAGGAGGCGCUAAUAUCGGUCGAAUUUGGGUUUGUCCAGACUGCCGGACAGAAAAUCUUCCAAUUGACACCCUUCUCUUGAAAAUGCAUCCAUUGAGGUGUUCCGACCCGAUGUGUGGAACACGGAAUCCUACUGGACAUGUUUGGAGUAUGGUUACUGCUGUGCUUAAUGGGGUGAAGCUGGACAUGCAUAUACACAACCAAGGACCUUUUGGGACUUGUAGUGCUCAUGCAUUUGUUGCUGGCUUGGACUUUGCUAAAAGAAUUGGUGGGGCUAUUCACGGGCUAGUUUUGACUCACCCUUUGGAUGUGAAGGAUCUUCUACAGAAGUUCAACGUGGUUUAUAAUGAUCCUCUUGGUGCAGAAAAAGUAACUGUGCUAACACACUACCGGAUUCCUUGUCUCUUCAGCAUAGUGCACAUGCAAGGAAUUCAAUAUCUGAUGCCUCCCUGUCAGAAUCCUCUUAUUCCUGCCUCUACCCCACAAGUACUGAAGAUUAAGUCUGCUUUUGAGGUUAGUACGGCCGACAGUGAUUACAUUGUGCAUUUAUUGGCUGCGGGGAUUCCUCUAGUCACUGCGGCACCGCUUGGAAGAUGUUUCCGUUAUGUGUCUUCAGGGCAGAUUUAUGAUGCACCACCAGUUGUUUGCUCCCAUGCUAUCUUGCUUAUUGGAUUUGGAGUAGCGAACUGGCCAGGUGAUGAUGGAGGGAACCCAGCGCUAGCGGGUUGGCCUGAGGAUAAAAGUGGAAAUAAGCUUCCUCGGGUAUUUUUUAGAGCUAGGAAUUCUUGGGGUGAUAAGGAACAUGCUAACUAUGCUUUGGCUGGGAAGGGUGCAGAUUUUGAUAUUUGGGCUGAUCAGGUUUACGAGCGGGCGUAUGGAUUUCAUUUGCAAGAUGCACCCUGAAACAAAAUUGAUGUAUUAAUGUUUGACACUACUGUCUUUUGUAAUUGUAUGCCCUAUUUGAAUAUGACAUGUUCCGAUAAAGUCAAUAAAUAUUCACUUUUCCCUCAGAUCCAAGUGGAUUAAAUGUAACAGUG